UGCACUAAAUUAUAAAUAAAAAGAUGGAUUGGAGCCCUGGGUUGCUGACAAAUGUAAUAAAUUCUGUAUCGUAUGAUCGUAUUUGGAUGCUAAUGCUCAAUUGCUCAUCAUUACAAAAUAAGAAUUAGAUGUAAUAAAAGAAGAAUAGGGCUCCACACCUGCUAAGGAUCUGAUUAUUUUGUUUCAAGUAUUAAUUUUGAUAUUGGAAGAUGAAGGGACAUCUUAUUCCCUCUUUCCUUUUUUAUAUAGAGCAGCUCUGCAUCUCCCACUCCUCACCGCAGGGGAAGAAUUCAAUAGACAGCACGCAGCCGCCAACCGCUUCUUAGCCAUCUCUCCUCCUACCACCAUUUUUUAUUCUUCUUUUUGGAGUGCUGGCUAGCUCUUCCAUCUUUUCUUCUUCUAGUGCUGCAGCUUUUUUCUUAUUCCCUCUUUCUUGAAGAGAAAACUAGGAGGAAACAAGUAAUUCGAGAUAAUUAGACAGUCCGGCGUCAUCUAUUUAAGAUCUGAAGAGGAAAACAGAGCAUAUGAGGUCUGCGAAUCAUAGCCUGCUUCUCGGUAGCCGGAGGCCAACUCAGAAGCUCCGCUUGCUCGUAUCAACCACAGUGGCGAGCGGUGGCACUAUCAACGCCUCGAAAGCCGCAAAGAUGAAGGUGCUGAUAUGCCUCUGCAUUGCCCUCAUUUUCUUCCUCAUUGCCAUCCGCGCCGCUUUCGCCUUUCGACGCCAUCUCUUUCCUGCUUCGACGUCCGACCCAGGGAAAGGGUACACAAUAUUGAUUAACACGUGGAAGAGAAAUGAUCUUCUGCAGAAAUCAAUUAAUCAUUAUUCACGAUGUGCUAGAGUUGAUUCCAUUCACAUUGUCUGGAGUGAGCCUGAUCCUCCGUCUGAUUUACUCUAUAAAGUUCUAGGGGAGGCUGUACAUUCAAAUUCUGAUGGUGGCGACAAUGUUGAACUCAUUUUUGACUUGAAUCAAGAAGACAGUUUAAACAACAGAUUCAAGGAAAUCAAGGAUCUAAAAUCUGAUGCUAUCUUUUCAAUUGAUGAUGAUAUUAUUUUCCCCUGCAAAUCAGUAGACUUUGCUUUCAGUGUAUGGAAAAGUGCUCUGGAAACAAUGGUGGGAUUUGUUCCACGUAUGCAUUGGUUGGAUAACUCGAAUAGUAGCGUAGAUCAGUAUUUUUACGGUGGGUGGUGGUCAGUCUGGUGGACAGGCACUUACAGUAUGGUUCUUUCCAAGGCCGCCUUUUUUCAUAAGAAAUAUCUGCAUUUGUACUCUACAAAUAUGUCUCAAUCUAUACGAAAUUAUACAACAAAAAAUAGAAACUGUGAAGAUAUCGCCAUGGCUUUCCUCGUGGCAAAUGAAACGGGAGCUCCACCAAUAUGGGUGAAAGGAAGGAUAUUUGAGAUGGGAUCGAGUGGAAUUAGCAGCCUGGGAAGCCAUGAGGAGAGGAGGACGCAGUGCCUCAACGAAUUUGCUGCUAUAUACGGCCACAUGCCUUUGAUUGCAACCAACGUGAAGGUCAUUGACAGCCGAAGCAGUUGGCUUUGGUGAUUGUA